AUGCAACAACCUGCUAAUAACUAUCCUCUGGGAAAGGACAAGGACAGACCAGAGAAAGACUUGCUAUUGGAUGACACUGAACCAGCCCAGUUUGAUCAGGCGAACAGCAACUCUGACAGGGUCCCCUGGAAGCUUCCAGAAACACAACCUGGUAGCUGCAUGGAGAAGACAGAGUCACCCCAGCCAGAGGAACAGUUUCAAGACUGUGAUACCUUGCUGGGUAGCUCCUCUGAGCAACAAUGUGAGAACCAGGGAAAUCUGCUCCUCUUUGACAGGCAAGCUCCAGGCCGGAUUUCCAUCUCUCCCACUUUGAGGAGAUUGCGGGACAGUGGCUGUGGGGCUUCGUGGUCACUGUCUAAGCAAGAGACCUUCCAAGUGUCUACCCGGGGAAGUGGGAAGGCACCCGCAGUCUCCUCACGUUUCUUUUCCCAAAGCCUACCUGGAAGCCCAAGGGAUUCUUCCAACUUCCUGUCACCCGUGAGGUCAAAAGUGGACUGGACUCCAAAAGAGCCUCUGGACUCUGAAAGUGCCGUCAAUGCUGCUGACUUUUUCCAGCCCCAAACAGGGUCUGCUAAGGAGUAUGUCCUUCCAGAACCUCAGCCUAUCAGUGAGGGGUCCCUCCCCCAGGCCUCUGUUCCAGGGAUUCCAGGCUACUCACUACCCAGUCUCACACCACGGCCCUCUACGCCUCAGGUAAAACACUCAAAGCCCCUUGCCCCUCAUUCUGUGAACUAA